GAUGCUAACAACCACGCAUUCAGCCUAAAGAUUGCUGCAGAAUGGAAAGUAAUCAAUUUAUAAUGUAGAUGCUGUCUGCUCUCUAUGCAGCGAGGAUCAAGCAAGGCUACGCCGGUAGCUAGACUGUUUUCUGGAGAAAGGUAUGUUAAUCGACAGUGCUAUGGCGCCCUGGUUGUCAGCGAAAACGGUAGAUGUAGGAGGAUUAAUCACGUCGAGUUCUUUGAGCAGGAGCUGGAUCCAUAGGAGUUCUUGGGUGGCCUGCGAUUGAGCAACAUAUUCGGCUUCAGUUGAUGAUAGUGUGACGGUCUGUUGCUUUUUAGAACUUCCAUGGGAGCCUUAAGUGAGGAAGUUGGUGCUGUAGAUCUCAUUGAACGCUGUCUUGUGUAGGUUUGCUGUGUCCGCCAUCCUGC